AUUUACAAAAGAAUUAAUAGUAUUCGUUAUUCGUUGCAGUGUUUUUAUGUACAAAUUAUUUUUACUGUUUUGCAUUUAUUCAUCAUGCCUUGUUGUGUAGCCAUCGGUUGUUCAAACUCGGACAAAAAAGGAUAUUUGAUGAAACAUUUUCCCAGAGAUCCUAUUAGGAAAAAGCUUUGGGUGGCUCAAAUAAAAAGGGAAAAAUGGACACCAUCACAACACUCUAGUAUAUGUGAGGUGCAUUUUGAAGAAAAUAUGUGGGAGAAGAUUAGGGAAGAUGGAAGUCGCCGUUUAAAGUGUAAUGCUUUUCCAACAUUGUUUUCAUUUACAAAAGUUAUAAAAAAAAGAAAGCCCCCUUUAGAUAGAUCUAAUGUUUCUUUAACAGAAAUAAAUAAUUUGUGUGCCAAUGAAAUUUCAACUGAUUCAAAAACCCUUUUAAAUAAUAAUUCUCACAUAGAAAAUGAAGAAAGCCAAUUUGAUUGCAAUCAAAAUAACAUAGAAAAAUAUAACAAGGCAUGUUCAAAAUUAUGGGUCAAUGCAAAUAAAUAAUACAACAAAAAAGUUAAAAGCAGCUGAAAUGAUCAUACAAAAGCAGCAAAGUAGAUUUUCUUCAAUUUUUAAUAAUGAUCAAAUGAAAGCCUUAUCUAGAAAAUCUACAAUAUUUAUGAAAUGGACUAAUGAAACUGUUAAAAAGGCCCUAAAGCUUAAAUUUGCAUGUGGAAAUAAUGGUUAUAAUGAAAUAUUGUUACAGAAUAUACCUUUACCCUCCCUACGUACAUUACGAAGAAGACUUCAAAAUUUAAAAUUUGAUAGUGGUAUAUUGGAUGAAGUAUAUGAUUUUUUAAAGAUAAAAGUUGAAUCCUUCAAAUGUGAAUAUGAGAGAGAAUGUGUAUUAAUAAUGGAUGAGAUGGCAAUUACACCAGCAUCACUCUAUGACACUUCACUGAAUAAAUAUAUUGGUAUAUCACUUUACCAGACCACGAAGGAGUUGCCACAAAUGUUAUGGUUUUCAUGUUGGGUGGCAUUACUUCUAAAUGGAAACAAACUGUUGGCUAUUAUUUUACUGGAAAAUCUGUUAACGUUUCAAUAGUUUCGGAUAUGGGAAGUUCUAACCAAGCAUUAUGGAGAAAAUUGAAUAUUCAAGCUAAACAGCAUUCUGAAGUUUGCAAUUUCAUACCACAUCCAUAUGAUUUUACUCGAAAAAUUUACAUUGUUCCAGAUCCAGUGUAUCUUUUUAAAAACAUGAAGAAUAUGUUGAUGACUAACAAGGUUUUAACUAUAUCUGAUGAUAUAAAAAAAAAUAUAACUUGCCCAAUCAAGAGAUUAAUGCUCAACAUAUACUAGAUGUAGUUAACUAUCAAAAAAAUUUAAAAUUCCAAUUGGCUCCAAAACUCACCGAACAAGACUUAUUUCCGAAUCAUUUUCAAAAAAUGAAAGUGUCUAAAUCUACUAAUGUUAUAAGCCAUGAUGUCUCUAGUGCAUUAAGGUUUUUAGCUGAAGAACUUCAUAAACCAGAAUACUUGACUACUGCUUGGUACAUUGAAAUUAUUGACAAAUGGUUUAACUUGAUGACAUCAAAAAAUCCAGUAAUGGCACUAAGCAAAUUGAAGCCAUUAGUUUACAAAGAGGCAAUUUCAUUUUUAAAUGAAUUCAUUGAUAUUAUGAGAAAACUAAAAGUUGGAGCAAAGACACUAUGGAAACCUUCUCAAAGUGGAUCAGUUCUUGCUACUACAUCUAUACUACAGAUUCAAGAUAUUUUUUUAAAUGACAGAGGCUUCAAGUUUCUUUUAACAUCACGAAUCACUCAAGAUUGUUUAAAAAAUCUCUUUUGUGUUUUAAGAUCAAAAAAUGUUGUACCAAAUGCAUGGCAGGUAAAAAAUAAUUUAAAACUUAUUACUGUUUCACAGUACUUAAAAGAUGUGUCCAAUAGAAACUGUGAUGAAGAUGAUAGGGAAUUGUUGUCUGGAUUUUUGGAUGUCAUACAAAAACCUAAAGUACGCAAUAAUGUGUCUGAAGUAAAAAUUACUGAUAAUUUAGCUGCUGAGCCACAUGUUCUUUUACUAAAUAAUGGUGAAUUAAAUUCUCUGUAUAAUAUUUGUGGCUAUAUAACACAUAGUAUUAAAAAAAAGUCUAAAUUAUGUAAAAAUUGUUUAAAUUUUGUUGGAUCUAAUUCAAGUACUGAUUAUGAGUUUACAAAAUUAUCUAAGUUAAAACGCUUUAAAAAAGGUUGUUUAUUUUUUUGUAAUAAAAAUACAUUUGAUUUCUUUUUAAAAAUGGAAGGUUCUUUCCAGAAGUUUUUUCCUCAUAUUAAAGACCGAAAUUGUGAUAUUAAGAAGUUUUUAAUACAGCAAAUUAAUAAAAUUCAAUUUUAUAUUCCGGAAUGUCAUAAUCUUAGAAAGUUUAUCAUAAAUAGAUUUGUAAUUUUCAGACUAAAAAUUUCAGGUAAAAAAAAUUCAAAGCUCCUUAACAAAUAUAGUAGCAAGUCAAUUGAUGCACAUGGAAACAAGUGAUUUAUUACAUAUUCUUCUUAUUAUUAUAUAAAUAUAAU